AUGCGCGUCCAGCAAAGCAAAAUCCAGAAGGCCAAGACCGCCUGCCAUGCCAUCCAAGGUCUUCUCAUCUUCGUCGCCGGCUGCAUCACUAUCGCGAUCUUCACCAAGGAUGGCACUACCGACGGCAGAUCGAGGUACUUCUUCGCUCUGUGUUUCGUUACCGUGCCCGCCCUGAUAUAUCUCGUUGCCGUGCCCAUGUGGAGCCGCACAGUGCGGUUUGCACACGCCUACGCCUUCGCUACUGUCGACUUCAUCUACACCGUCCUAUGGUUUGCUGCCUUCAUCUGCGUCGCAACCUGGAACUCGGACGGUAUCGCCAAAGGCGCCAAGGAGGCAAAUACAGAUAAAGGCAACUGCACUACCUUUGCCUACGGCCCUGAGCUCAAGUGCAAGCUCAGCCAGGCCACUGUAGGCUUCGGUGUUGUCAUCACUGUCCUCUUCAUCACAACCUGCGUCAUUUCUUUCUACUACUGCACGGUCUACCGCCGCACCGGCGUCCUCGUUGGUGCCGAGGAGAACACGACUCCCGGCGCCGAGGGAACCUCCUACUUUGGCGGCUCGACCGCCUACCAGUCCGCACCAAAGACCGACGACGACAACGGCGUGUGGAGCAGCAACACGCACGACAUUGAAACAUCCUCGUCGCACUACGACCAUCACGACCCCAGCGAUUUCGGCGACGCCCCGCCCAUGCCCCCGCUCCCCACUGCCGGCAACACUGGCUACGGCGGCGCUUCGGCCGCUGCCGCCAUCUACACUCCGCUCGUCGAUGGCCGUGAUACCGACGACGGCCGCCAUCCCGGUGUACCGCUGAGCUAUGGCGAUGACCACUACGGCGGCGAUCACCCCGCCUACCGUCCCAGCCCGUCGCCGUCUCAGGGUGACAGCCAGGCUUUCCACAUCGCCCCGUCGGCGCUGAGCCCGCCUAGCACCUACGAUGACUACCGCACUAAGAACUACAACUUCAGUUCGUAA